UUUUAUUUUUAUCAUUAUUUAUAUUAUUUUUAGCAAUUUUUUAUCAUUCUUAUUAUUUAUCCUGAAAUCAACACUUGCAGGUUUCUGCAUAUUGAAACUCUUAAAAACCUUAUUGUUCUCCUACUCAAACGCAUCAUCAGUGCACACAUAAAUACUCGUUUGAUGUUGCCAACAUGACAGGACAUGCCCCAAUAAUCCAGGCCUAAAAAAAUAGUCAUUAGUAUGGUCAGGUUUUGAUCAAAUGUCACAUUAGCACUGAUGUAAACAGCCUACAGACCUUUUGUGUGCCGGGAUUGGAACAUACGGAAUACUGCAUCACGCGGCAGGCAUCUGUGGCGCGUUUCAGGCGGGAAUAAAAUGCGCAUGACAGCUAGUGAAUGUGCAAUGCAGGAUUAAUGAGUGGCUGGACUGACAAAACAUUUAAGUGAAACAAUCAAACAAUUAUAUAUAAAAAAGCCCCUUAAAUUGUCCUGAAAGCAGUUUCAAGAUUGCUGGCCAGCAUAAGAAUAUUAAGAUUCUCUAGAGCUCUAUUUUGUCAUGCACAUAUCCUGUGUUCGCCCUCUCGUGAGAAUUUUACGUUACGCUUCACGCUGGCAAAAUAACACGAAUAGCAUUGUCCACUGCGUUUAGUUUACACUGGAUGGCUAUUUUUCAUUGUUAAUUUGUGCUGACGUUAACUAUAUUUCACCACACAUUUUAUUGGUAAAGGGUGUAAUGACACCUCCUCACCUGAGGGACGCAGUAAUCCACUGUAAUGUACUAGCCGUGUAAUACCGGAAGUAGGAAACAUGGUAAAUAAACGUCAUCAGGUACCUUCUCGGGGUAGCUUAGCUUGCUAGCCGCUAAGAAAGACGCGGAAUUGAUCCACACAUCGCUAAGCACAGGUCAAGUGUGAGCGUAAAGUGUUGUGAUUGUGUGAAAAUGUGUAAAGUACAAAUGCUGAGAGCGUUGGUGAAUCAGCGACUAACUGCGGCUGUUGAAGAAAUAUUUGUAGUGUUGGAAAGAACGAUAGCAGAGUACGAGGACGAACUUUCUCGAACAAAAGAGGAGAACGAGCAACAACGUCGACUACUGGACGCUGUUUUCAAGAAGCAUCAAGUUGUGUUACACAGAGCAGACGCCAAUGAAGAAGACCUUCCCCCUGAGCAGCAGGUGUGGUACUCCAGGAUGGAGCUGGAGGAGCCACGGCCCCCCCACAUUAAAGAGGAAAAGGAGGAUCACCGCAUCAGUCAGGAAGGAGAGCAUCUUGAAGGGCUGGAGGAGUUCCCCGUGCUUUGUGUCCCUGUGAAGAGUGAAUCUGAUGAAGGCGAAAGUGAGGAGAAGAGAGAGGCGGAGCCUCCAAGCAGCAGCUCAACUCAACACAUAACAGAAGCUGAUGGAGACCACUGUGGAGGAUCACAAGCAGACAACCUCUUAGCUCCACUAUCAGAUAAUGACAACGCAACAUCACGCUCUCUUGACACUGAUGAUGAAUACUCUAAAGCUGAUAUGACAUGUCACACUGACAACAAACGCUUUAAAUGCUCUCACUGUGAUAAAACUUUUAAUGAUCGCAGUAACAUGAAAAGACACAUGAAGCUACACUCAGGAGAGAAACCAUUUGUGUGCUCAGUUUGUGAUAAAAGAUUCUCCUUAAAGGCAAAUUUGAAAGUGCACACAAUAAUACACACUGGAGAGAAGCGUUUUACAUGUUCGGUUUGUGGUAAAGGUUUUUUACGAAAACAAGAGAUGAAAAUACACACAAGAAUACACACUGAUGAGAAACCCUUUACCUGUUCAGUGUGUGGUGUAGGCUUUUUACUAAAUCGACAUUUGAAAGAACACAUAAGGAAACACACAGGAGAGAAACCAUUUACCUGUUCAGUCUGCGGUAUAGGUUUUGUACAAACUUCAGAUUUGAAAAAACACAUGAGAAGACACACUGGAGAGAGACCAUAUACCUGUUCGGUGUGUGGUAAAAGUUUUAUCCGAAAUAAUUGUUUGAAAAUGCACAUGAGAACACACACUGGAGAAAAACCAUAUUCUUGUUCAAUUUGCAAUAGAAGCUUUUGUGACCGCACAAACCUUGCAAGACACACGAGACUACACACCGGUGAGAAAGUGUUUAGAUGCGGUGUGUGUGGUGAAAGAUUCUCUUAUAAGUACCAGCUUAACAAUCACAAGUGUGCUGGUGAGAACAACAGCAGUAAAUGAAGCUGCACGACUUGAAAUAAAAAUAAACUGUCAAGACUUUUAACAAUAUCACAACAUAUAACAUAUGAUAUCGUUGUAUGUGUAACACAAUCUUGUUAAUUUACUUCUACCUUUAAAUGUA